GGCUGGCCAUCUGAUAUAGUUCCACUGGCUGCUUGUGCUUCGGUUUGGCCCUGUUGACGUUUAAAAAAGAAUUAUCUGAAUUUGCUUUAAAACAUUCACAAUGCCAACAAUUAAACUGCAAAGUUCAGAUGGAGAGAUCUUUGAGGUGGAUGUGGAAAUAGCAAAGCAGUCUGUGACAAUAAAGACAAUGCUGGAAGAUUUGGGUAUGGAUGAUGAAGGAGAUGAUGAUCCAGUCCCCCUCCCGAAUGUGAAUGCGGCUAUCCUCAAGAAGGUGAUCCAGUGGUGCACCCACCACAAAGAUGAUCCCCCUCCCCCCGAAGAUGACGAGAACAAGGAGAAAAGGACGGAUGACAUCCCCGUCUGGGACCAGGAGUUCCUCAAAGUGGACCAAGGGACCCUCUUCGAACUUAUUCUAGCUGCAAACUAUUUAGACAUCAAAGGACUGCUAGAUGUCACCUGCAAGACGGUGGCCAACAUGAUCAAAGGAAAGACCCCAGAGGAGAUCAGGAAGACGUUCAACAUCAAAAAUGACUUCACAGAGGAAGAGGAAGCCCAGGUACGCAAGGAGAACCAGUGGUGUGAAGAGAAAUAGAGGAGGAUGCUGCCAACACUAACACACUGAAAGGAUUGUUCCAGUAAUUGGUUGCACUGCGUUGUUCAUACUUGUUAAUAUUACAUUUAGUCUAUUAGAGCGACAGACCUCCCCCCGUGUACUCAUAGCAUGACCAUUUCCAUUGCUUGUAUUGUGCGAAAUAAUAAAAAUAGCUAUUUC